AUGAGGACCGACAUCUCUGCAGUAUUUACCAUCUUGGUGACGAGCGCCCUAGCGUUGGCAGCGCCAGCAAUGGAGCAGACAAAGGGUCUUACCCAAGAUCUCCAGCGAAGGCAGAAUAACGCGCUACUGAAUGCUGUCGGCCUAGAGGAUCAUUCUAAGUAUGCCGAUAACAGUGGUGGGUUGCUCAGCAACCUGGCGUCGAAUGCGAUGAUUAUCGGUGAUCAUGUUAAAUACACAGUCGACCCGCCCAGUGCAGAGGAACCUCUCCCUAAGGGCCAGGAUCCCCCGGCACGCGAAGCUCAUCGCAAAGCUCAUGUCGCUCUCAACAAAGGCCUUGGUGCUGCCUGA